UCCAAACAUUUAAAGUAUUAUUGUUGAUUUGUAAAGGAUAGGAUUUGACGCAAAACAAAUUCCAUAAAAUGUUGAAUAACUGGGGCAGAUGGCAUGAGUGUUUUUAUAUACUCAAUAAGGCACAGCACACUCGAGGAAACAGCCUUGGCCAGCAGUUCUAAGUAAAACGUUGCGAAAGCCACAACUCGUCUGACUUGUAUGUAUCUUAAUUUUUCCCUGUUUGUUUAAGGUGUAAUUCUUCAGUCGCCUCAUUGUGUCCGUUUUUCAAAUAGUAAAAGAACAAAGAGCUUUACUGUAUUUCCUUGGAUCUAUGCAAUGAUGAGUUUAAUGAUAUGGUGUUUAUUGUGGCUGUUAUUUGGUCAUGGAUUCACAAUGAAAAUGGGUUGGAAUGAAGAGCUUGAGUUUUGUGAGGAAGAAUGGAAGAAAUUUGUGGCCGACAAAAUUGAAAUCGAUUCGAAAUGCUACAAUACUCGUACACGUUGUUGUGUUGAGGAGAAGAAAUAUCUUUUGGAGCGAUUUAAAAUGUUUAGUGAAAUAUGUCCACUUGAAGGGACAUGUGGAUGCAGUCCGAUUAUUUUGAACGUUGCUCCUGGGCCAUUCUACGGAUAUCGUUAUUAUCCUUAUUAUCCUUAUUAUAGUGAUAUUCCAUCCGCAAAAUGGAAAGAACCAGAAAACUUCACGUGUUCACAUAAGUACAUAAAUGAAAAAGUAGAAAAGACAUAUCUUACAAGUUCUGAUAGCUUUGAAAUCGGACAACACAAAAUCCCUUACAAGUAUGUUUUAUACGGUGGAAAAAGUCACACUUGUUAUGUUGUCAUCAACGUGAACCUAAAACGAGAUACGAAUGGAUUUUUCAUCAAACAUGUUCAGUCAGGAUUGUGUGUUUAUGAUUAUUCAGGACGUUCAUUAAAGUUUUCAUGGGAUUGUUUUGACAUGAGAGCUCAAUUUAAAUUUUUACAAUCUGGCUCAAUCUUGAAGCUGGAUUCAAAAAGUUGUAUUUCAUGGACGGGAGUCAUCAGCGAACUGUUGCUCUCAAAUUGGUAUGAAGGAUGCGGAGCCAUUUAUGCAAUAACCCAAACAUAUUGGGGUGGUCUAUUCUUUUCACGAGAUAAAAAAUGUAUAGCAGAACAUACCGUAUUGAAACUUGUCAGUUGUAAAAAUGAAGAAAAUCAGCGAUUCAAUUUUGGCAAGUGAGAAUAUUCAUCCAGUUAGCGUAGAUAUACUUAAACUCUAAUUAAAAGCCACUGCAAGGCCACAGAUAUAGGAAUGGC